AUGCGGAAUUUCCUGGCUGGCGGCGGAGCCCCUCCCGCCGCUGCAGAGAGGGGCGCGGGGGAGGCGGCGGCGGAGCGAUCGCGGCGCGGCUUCCGCCCGCCGAGCGGCAGCGGAGCCCGGCGGGGGCCGGCGCGGGCGGGGAGCGGCGGAGCCGGGGCGGGGGCCCCGGGCGGGCCGUGCCGGGGCCGGCCGGGCCCCGUCGCUCCGCCGCUGAUGGCGGCCCGCGGAGUGCGGCCGCCCCGCCGCGCCCGGGCCGGGGCCGCGCUGCUGCCGCUGCUGCUGCUGUCGGUGCUGAGCCGCGGAGCCGCCCAGGAGCUGAGCCCCCGCGGCAGGAACGUCUGCAGGGCCGGCGGCUCCUCAGUUCUCGUGUGCUGCCUGGGAUGGAGGCAACAAGGGAGCGAGUGUUUAAUAGCUGUGUGCGAGGGGAACUUCACCUGUAAGGAGAACGAGGUUUGUGUCAGGCCCGGCGAGUGCCGCUGCCGCCACGGCUACUUCGGUGCCAACUGCGACACCAAGUGUCCCCGGCAGUUCUGGGGUCCUGACUGCAAGGAAAUGUGCACCUGCCAUCCCAAUGGGCAGUGCGAGGAUGUGACGGGCCAGUGCACCUGCAACCUCAACCGCUGGGGCCCCAAGUGCGAGAACAUCUGCCUCUGCAAGCACGGCAAGUGCGACCAGAAAACAGGCAAAUGCACCUGCGAGCCCAACUGGUGGGGUCCACAGUGCUCCAGCUCCUGCUACUGCAGCCACAACUCCCAGUGUGACCAGCAGACAGGCAACUGCCUGUGCCAGCCCGGCUGGUGGGGCCGUGGCUGCAACAACCAGUGCUCCUGCAACAACUCUCCCUGCGAGCAGUUCACGGGGCGCUGCCAGUGCCGGGAGAGGACCUUCGGGCCCCGCUGCGACCGCUACUGCCAGUGCUACAAGGGCAAGUGCAACCAGGUGGACGGGACCUGCACAUGCGAGCCGGGCUACCGGGGCAAGUACUGCCGUGAGCCGUGCCCAGCUGGCUUCUAUGGCCAGGGCUGCAGGAGGCGGUGUGGGCAGUGCAAGAGCCUGCAGCCAUGCACCGUGGCCGAUGGGCGCUGCCUGACAUGUGAGGCGGGCUGGAACGGCACCAAGUGUGACCAGCCCUGCUCGCCCGGCUUCUACGGAGAGGGCUGCGAGAAGCUCUGUCCCCCCUGCAAGGAUGGCCACACCUGCAAUCACAUCAAUGGCAAAUGCUCCCACUGCAACCCGGGGUGGAUUGGAGACCGGUGUGAAACCAAGUGCCGGAACGGAACAUAUGGGGAGAACUGCGCCUUCGUCUGCAACGACUGCGUCAAUGGCCAGUGCCACUUCGAGACUGGGCAGUGCCUCUGCCACCCUGGCUCCCAUGGCACAUACUGUAACCUGACUUGCCCCCCUGGACACUUCGGAGCCAACUGUGCCGAGGUCUGCAGCUGCCACGACGGUGCCUGCGACCCCCUGACGGGCGCCUGCCACAUGGAGGCCAACCAGAGGAUGGGGGUGAUCGGGGCCGGGGCCCUGCUGGCGCUGCUGCUCAUCCUCCUGCUCUCCCUGCUCUGCUGCUGCUGCGUCUGCCGCAAGAAGGACAAAGCCGGCGGCUCCAGCCAGGACCCAGCAGCAGCCAAGAAGCCUCCAAGACGUUUGUGUGGGCGGUUCAGUCGGAUUGGGAUGAAGCUCCCACGCAUCCCCCUUCGCCGCCAGAAGCUGCCCAAGGUCAUGGUGGCCCACCAUGACCUGGAAAACACCCUGAACUGCAGCUUCAUCGAGCCACCCUCUGUGGUGGAGCAGCCAUCCCCAUCCUGGUCAUCCCGUGGCUCCUUCUCCUCCUUUGACACCACGGACGAGGGGCCUGUGUACUGUGUCCCCCAUGAAGAGAGCGUGGGUGACAGCAGGGACAGAGGGACAAGCCCCGGGGACAAGCUGGUGGCCCCAGUCAGCGGAGAGGAUGCAGGAGAAUACACAUUCCUGAAGGAGACGGGCUCUGUCAGAGCCUUCCCGACCGACAGCAGUGAGACCCCCCUGCUCAAGUCCUCGGACAGCGAACGCUCCUCCUGCGGCUCAGGGUCGGCCGGUGCCGCGCUCUACGCUAGGGUUGCCCGCCUCUCCAAGCAGUCCAAGGAGGAGGAGGAUGCCACUGCAGAGCCCCGCAGCCCCGAGAAGCCGCCAUCCCCGGAAAGGACCAAGCCCCGUCCUCCAGACCCGGCCACGAAGCCCAAAGUCUCCUGGAUCCACAGCAGGUACAACUCCGGCCAGUCCAACUCCAUGCUGGCACCCAGCCAGUCCCCAGAGCAGGCGGCUGCCCGGUCCGGCAGCCCCGAGCAAGGCCAGGGCUUGGCCAAGAGGAAGAGGAGCCCAAGCGAGACAUCAGCCAAUGUGCACGGCAGAGCGGAGGAGAAGGGCGGUGCCCGCAGCAAGGAGAAAGCACAGAAGCAACCGAAGGAAACCGGCAUCACCGAGGGCAAAUCCAGCCUUUGUGGGGAGCCACAGUCACCCUCCAAACCCAAGCAGAGGAGCAAAGCCAACUCGGAGCCAAUGGAGACCAUCAACGGGGUGGUGCAGAACACCUUCCGAAAGAUAGGUGCCUUCCAGCCGGAGCGGCGGGCCGGGGACACCAGGGAUGCUCCUUGUAGCCCUGGCACCAGCAAGCCCCGCUCCGAGCCGCUGCAUCCCCAGCUGGCCUCCGAGCUGGCUGCCCAACUGAAGGAAAAGACUCAGAGCCUCAACAAGGGGGACGGAGGCAUCCGAGCGAACGGGGUCGGUGCCCAGCGAGAGAAGCCCACCCCUCCACAGAAAGCCAAGCGCUCGGCGGCCGCCGGCGGCCAGAAGACCAGCAAACCCUUGCUGUCCACCUCUCCCCAUCUGCAAAAACUGAUCCCUGCGGCAGCCGAGACGGCAGCCGGGGAGCCCAAGUGGAUGGAGAAGCCAAGUGCUGGCAGCUGCCAGGAUCAGACUCUCCCCACUGAGCAGACAGCCAAGAAAACCCCCAUUAAGAAGCCUCCCAGGAAGAAGAGCCGGGAAGCAAGCCUGGAGCCACCCAGGGCAGCUGCUGUGCCUGCUCAGGCAGUGCAGUGACCAGGAACCAGGCACUGGCCCCGCACUGGCCGCAUACCAGGAAGAAGGACAUUUGCCAGCACAACCAGCGAAUGUGGGAGGCUGGACUGGGCUGGGGGCACUGGAAGAGCCUUGAUCCUCCCUUUAUCCCCCUCCACCUCACUCAUCCCUCUUUCUGCCUUAGUCUACCAGUCCCUUCAUCUGUGCCUUCCUCCUGCUCUUUGCCCAGGUCUCAGCUCGCCCUCCCUCUCCGCGCAGGGCGGGACUGCAAGGAGCCGGCCCAGCCGCCACCCCGGGGGGGCUCUGUGUGUGGCGAAUCACCCCCCCUUUUUUUUUGUAGCAGUAUUAUCAACCGCAUAAGCAGCGCUUGUUGUACUAGACGUGUCCACGGUAUAUUCUGCAGUAACCGAGCCGCUCGCUUCCUGGGCUCCACUCUGGUCUGUCGGGGUCACGGAGCAUGGGACAGGGAGGGAGCUGCUGUUGCUCAGUGCCCUGGGCAGUGCCAGAGAUGUGCCCCACAGCCAUCGCUGGCAGCAGCUCCCCUUCCCCAGCACCCUCCAGGCACAGCUCUCCACUGCUGGUGCAUGCCGCAGUGGGGUCGAGCUGGUUUCGACCGAUGCCACCUUACCUCCCCUCCGCCCCAGCGCUGCUCCUGGCCAGGAGGAAGCACUAUUUAUGGAUGGAGGUGGAUGCCCUUCAGGUUCCUGCAUCCCAUCCAAUGGAGUUGGAGGGAUUAGUUUGGUAUGAGAGAGCCUGGCAUCUCUGCAGAGCGCUUUCUUAAUAAAAAUAUAUUUCUUCUGUAGCUGGGUGCCAUCUAUCCCUGCCUUCCUGUGGGCAGGCAACAUGCCCAGCCUGCUUGAGUGCUACCUGGUCCUGUAGUGGGGUGCAGUGCGGAGAUGGAUGACCUUGCAGCAGUACAGGCAGGUGGUAACAAGCAGCAGACAGGGUGGAAGGCAGGUCCCCACUAGGGCCACUGCUACAUGCUCACCUGGCAUCAGAGAUGAGCCCUGAGACAAGAUGAGGAGCUUCUCUUCCCCCAGUAUCCAGCAUUGUCCCAGUGGCUUACUGGUCCCAUGGUCAGACACUCCUCACUGUAGCCUGGGUCAGACCUUGAGGUUCAAGAGAGCUCUGGCUAUGGAGCAAAGAGAGCCCACCCCUGGGUGUUCAGGGUGCUGGGACACAAAUGUAGGGGGACAUGGGUGUAACCUCCUGCCCAGGGGCUGCUAGCCCUGCCAGCAUUUGGGGUCUUCACACAGCCUCAGGUAGGAUGCUGCCAGAGGACAACGCUAGGACAAGCCCAGGGGCAGACCAGAAGCUGAGGCUUCUCCCACACAGCUUCUGCCCAAGAUUCCUAAGCAGGACUCUCCCUGACAUUAGAAUUGGGGCUGUCUGCCAGGAGCAUUGGUACCCACCACUGAGCUAUCCUGAGCUGUUCCCACCAUGGGGGUUGAUAUCCCAGAAGACCACCAGACCAAAGGGUCAACCAUAGCAAUCUCAGAGUUGAUGGAGGCAGCUGGUGAACACCAGAAUGGGAUGAAACCAGAUGGAACCAGGACUGCAGCCAGCCCAGCAGAACACUCAAGAGAGGAUGGGGCUCUGGCCCACACCUGGGCAUGGCUCAGCAUUGUGUAUCUGGAGCCAGCACAGUACCUGACACCAGCUGGAGAAGCACCAUCACAUCACACAAAGCUGAAGAAUGACAUCACAGCAUUGCUUCACAGGCUCCUGGUCACCUUUCAGAGUUCCUUCAAGCUCCCACCCCUUUCCUUCAGGUUUUACUUGGGAAGAUGAAGGAAAGUGGCUGAAACUAGGCCUGAGAUAUCACACAGUGCAGAAAAAGUAGUGGAUGAAUGAGCUUAAUGUCACCAGAUACAAAACAGAGAAAAUCAAUAGAAAAAUUAAGACACUGAAUCCAUGAGACCUGGGAUGGCAUCCAAGCCCCUCUUUCCACCAUGGAGGCAGUUGUUGGACAAACUGAAGAGGCUUCCAAGACACUCAGAUUAAUAACUACUCAUGGGUUAGUAAAAGAGAAGUAAAGGAGUUGAAUACAGGCAAUAAAAGUGUAAAA